UCCUUGGGUUUUUCUUAGUUAUGUCCCUUGCACAAACCGGUGUCGCUUCAUAAGUUGACUUGUAAAGAUAUUGGACCAUAAUAUUUUCUAUAUUUCGUAAGCUAUGGAAAACUUGUACGAUAUUCUUGGAUGCGAUCAGUCAGCGUCACACGAACGGUUAAAGAAAGCGUAUCAAAAUCUUGCUUUAAAAUAUCAUCCAGACAAGAACACUAUAUCGAAUACUCCUGAAAAUCAUGAGAUGUUCAUAAAAAUUAACCAAGCCUGGAAAAUUCUCAGCGACCCCACUCUAAGAAGUCACUUCGAUUUACGAUGGCGAGAAAGAGGUCUGACUCAGGAUUGGCCUGUGCAAGACAAUAUAGACUUUGCUGAAUUUGUUCCAGAUAGUAUUGAACCAGAAUUCUUCUCCUACCCGUGUCGAUGUGGAGGACAUUAUAUUCUAGAGCCGAAUGAUCUCACACUUCAUCUUGACAUCGUUUGCUGUGACACAUGCUCUCUAUGUGUGACUGUAAACUACCCAGAAUCCUGACAUAUCUUUUGCUGUACCUACUGAUUUGAUUUAAUAAUUAUUAUUAUUGAAAUAAUAAUAAUCGGGGAUAAUCAUGAUGGUUAUUUAAAAUCAUUCGCAGUUUCGCACUACCUGUUAGAAAUAGCAGCCAAAUUUCUUCGAAUUACAUCCUACCCUCUCAAAAAAAAAAAAACGAGGAAAGUAGUCCGAGAUAUACAGGACAGGGUGAUCGCUAGUAAAACACUUUUGAUGAUAGGGCUCCUCGAUCAGGUAAAAACAGUAACAACGAAAUGUUUUAUACCCGAAGGAAAAUUACGGUUAGAAUCUUGUAACAGGAUGAGAGCGUCACUACAAUCUCUUUCAUUUGGCCUGACUUGGCACUAAAGACGCAAACAAUAGAUUUCACACUCAGGAACUUGCAUAUUCUUAAUACGUUCCGGCCGAUUUACGAAUGUGAAAGACUCCUUAAAUGCCAGAAGAUUCGCUCCUCAUCACGUCUUUGUACUGAAAAUAAAUUCCGUGUUUCAGUCAGCCCAGCUUUGUUUGAAUACAAAACCGCAUUAGAAUCUCUUUAAAUUAACUACGUUUUUUUUUUCAAGAGUUACAGUAUAAAAGACACAAAGUAAACAUUUACAAACACAUAACGGGUAAACAUUAUUUGGUGUCAACAUUUUCGUCACACAAUACAAGUUCUUGGAAAGCUACCCACCUGUGACAUGAUAUGGCUCCACUGACAAUUCCACAAAUUUAUUGAGAAAAUUUUCUUUAAAAAUUUAACCUUUUCUAAUCAGGUGGUGGUGCCACCAACUAAAUUUUAACACCAGAUGGGAUGAAUGAUAAACUUUCAGAUACGCUAUGUCAGAAAGUAAAAAAUGAGUCACAACUAGCCCACCUUUGAUCAUAGGUCUACUGAGCCAGGGCUGACCUGGGGUUAAACACCAACGAGUCCUUAACCUAAGUUAUCUUCGGUAUUGGUUUAAAUUUGCUCUAUGCUUCAAGGAAAUGUUAUUUCAUAAUAUCGUUCUUUGUCAAUUUGUGAAAUAUUUAUAUUUUGUAAAAAAAAAAGAAUACUGCAGAAAAAAAGGUAAUAUUUUGGAUAAACUGAUAUAUUUAUUAAUUUAAA